CGGCCGGGUGGUGGCGGGUGGGGCAGUUGCUAGGUGUAGUCUGUGGUCUGUGGAUUUGCUUGGAUCAAAGGUUUGUGCUUCUUCUUGAUGCAACUUCAUGAAGUUUUUUUUUUGGGGGGGAGGGAGUUUGGACUGAAUAUUUCAUGUAUUUAGCCUGAUCGAUAGAUCCUGCUUGUUUUUUUAACUUUUGAGAGGAUUUCCUGUUUUUCUAUGCUCUGUUGUGGCUCUGCAUGAUGAACUUCUGCAUACCCGACAUGUAUGAGAUGCCUCACACUGGAGUCGGGGGCUACACUGUUCAGAGUGGUGGGGAGCAUUGCAUGUACCCAGGUGAGGGACCCGGAUAUGGACACUAUGAACCCCAGCCCUUGCAUCACCCGCCCUGCAUGGAGCAGGCUUGGCCCCCCAGCCAGCACUACUCCUGCUCGUACGCUGCUGGCCCUUCUUCCUUUAAAAAUGAGUUCUGCAACAUGGAGGUCCCUCUUAGCCACUUCCACCAUCAGCCUGAGUAUUUUCCUGAGAUUAAACCUGACUAUUCACAUCUGCAGUGGAUGCAAGGGGCCCACAGGAAAGGGUACAUACCAAGUUACCUGGACAAGGAUGAACUGUGUGUAGUGUGCGGGGACAAAGCCACGGGCUAUCACUACCGCUGCAUCACAUGCGAAGGCUGCAAGGGGUUCUUCAGGAGGACGAUUCAGAAAAACCUCAACCCGACCUACGCCUGCAAGUACGAGGGCAAGUGUGUCAUCGACAAGGUGACCAGAAACCAGUGCCAAGAAUGUCGCUUCAAGAAGUGCAUCGCAGUAGGAAUGGCAACAGACUUGGUGCUGGAUGACAGCAAGAGGCUGGCCAAGCGGAAGCUGAUCGAGGAGAACCGGGAGCGCCGGCGGAAGGAGGAGCUGCAGAAGACGGUGUGGGACCGACUGGAGCCCACACAGGAGGAGUGGGAGCUCAUCCGUCUGGUGACGGAGGCCCACAUGUCCACGAACGCACAGGGCAACCACUGGAAGCAGAAGCGGAAAUUCCUGGUCGAGGAAGCAAUGCUUCUUAAUGAAAUAACAUGUAAUUUAUUCUAUACUUCUGACCAGAGUGCAGCAGGGGUGAAGAAUACUAAGCCUGAGGAUUGUGGUCAAGCCUCCAUGGUCAAUGCAGCUGAGGAAAACAAAGUGGAUAUUGAAGCCUUCAGUCAGUUUACAAAAAUUAUCACCCCUGCCAUAACCCGAGUGGUGGACUUUGCCAAAAAACUGCCCAUGUUCUGUGAGCUGCCUUGUGAAGACCAGAUCAUCCUGCUGAAAGGCUGCUGCAUGGAGAUCAUGUCGCUGCGAGCGGCCGUGCGCUAUGACCCAGAGAGCGAAACCCUCACGCUCAACGGUGAAAUGGCUGUAACUCGAGGUCAGCUUAAAAACGGAGGACUUGGCGUAGUUUCGGACGCCAUCUUUGACCUUGGUGUGUCGUUGUCCUCCUUCAACUUGGAUGACUCUGAGGUGGCUCUGCUUCAGGCUGUUAUCCUUCUUUCAUCUGAUCGUCCAGGCCUGACCAGCGUGGAGCGAAUCGAGCGCUGCCAAGAAGAGUUCCUGCUGGCCUUUGAACAUUACAUCAACUACCGCAAGCACAAGGUGGCCCAUUUCUGGCCCAAGCUGCUAAUGAAGGUGACGGACCUGCGGAUGAUCGGCGCCUGCCACGCCAGCCGGUUCCUCCACAUGAAAGUGGAGUGUCCCACCGAGCUGUUCCCUCCACUCUUCCUGGAGGUCUUUGAGGACUGACUAAUGGAUUUCAGCGUAUGAGUGUCCUUGGAUUGUGUGUAUAUUGCGUGUCCAAAGCCUGGGCACCCUGGUGGUCUCAGGGGUGGGACCAGCCGAAGGCCCGUCUCCCUGAACGUUCUGAUAGCACUACUGAGUGUCACUUCAUUCCAUAGUUUAGGACUAGCGCUCUGGUCUAGUUUUGGAUGAAACCAUUCCUCACAUUGCGGGUACAUGUGAAUAGCCUUUUUGUUUUCCCCGUGUUUGUCGUCAUUUUUGUGUAUAUAACCUCUCACUUCCAAUUUGACCUUAGUUUUUGUUUUUUUGUUUUUCGAUAAUUGUACAGUUGGCAUAAUAGUGAUCUUAUCAACAGUUGUUCGUAUGUUAGAAAUCAUGCAAAUGUUGUUUUUUCCAUUAUAGUUAAAAAAAAAAAACUCAGUGAAAACUCACCUGAUACAGAGGAAUAGACCAGGUCUGGUGGUUUUCUCCGUAAUCCACGUCUGGUUGGUCCGUUUUACUGGUUCAUACAUCACGUUUGUACUGAGAGUCUAAUCACACUGUCACCUGACUCACUCUGAAAGGGAGCAGCUCACAUCUCUGGGAAACCAAACCACAUCAAGGUUACAACAUAACGCUGCGUUCAAAAGCUCUCGGAAAAAUCUGAAUUUGCGAGGCGGGAUGACACCACAUCCCAAUCAGGUAUGGGUCCACCUCUAGCCUGACAGGUAUAGCAAAGUUUGAACAAGUUUGGGUCUUAAAACCACCGAGACUUUACAUCAUAUUGUUCCUUUGGGUUAAAGCUCUUUUAAUGAGACAUCAGUGUGACACACCAAAGUCAUUUAAGUUUUCUUCAGCCGUCUGAACCAUACAGUGCUGUCCCUCCCCCACCUUUUGCUGCACACUGCCAGGAAGCUGGCUGAAAGAAGGCUCCCACACUUUCCACAGACUUGCAUAAGAGGCAGUAUUUCUCGUGGUUAAAAGCACAGACUAAAUGCGUGCUCCCCAUCACACUGAAUAAAGGUGAUCUGUAUUGUAACUACAGCCAGUAAACUGCAUGCAUCACAUCUCAACCUGCCGACAUGAGGCUGACUACCUGAGCUAAUACUCAUCAGCUAGCCUCAGCCUGUUGUGCUGCCAGUAUUACUCCAGAAGAAGCAGAACAAGUUCUCUUCUGCACAAGUGGGAUGUUUACUCCUAAAUGUAGUGCGUCUUUAUUCUAUAUUUUAUUUAAACUCUACGUGUCACAAUCAGAAUAGGAACAAGUGGAUACCAUCAUUAUAACUGUAAUAAUCAAUAUUUUUAUUAAUUUAGCUCCAUUAGGAGUUAUUUUUGCUUCUCUUGUUUAAAUAGAAGUAAUUCCGUUAUGUUUUUUUUUCUUUAAUGGUUUGUGUUAAUACAGUGAAGCGUUGCUCUAGAUUAUCAUACUGUAAGAAUAUUGUUGCUAAUCCUCAGACAGAGCUCAGUGCAAUAAGAAAAUCAAAACAACUUGCUCACACAUCCGUCAAAACACAUGUAAAGCAUAAUGGUUUUGAAUUUUGAAAACGAGGUUAUUUCGACCAGAUGCUGAGAAACAUUGUGACUAGUUCUUCUAGCUGGGAAAACUAAUCAAAGUAAGGCGCUUUUCUAGUCGUACUCAAAGCACUUUAUACCAGCGCCAUAUUCACCCAGUAGCACUAACUAACGCACACGCAUUCAUACACCGAUAAACAGGUUGGUAGGCAACUUAGGGUUGCAUGCCUGGCCCACGUGCACAUCAACAUAUGGCCAGGGUAAAGCUGGAGUCGAACCAGCAACCUUCCAAUCGUAAGACAACUAACCUCUGAGCCAGAGCAAUAACAUCUUAACGGAUCCCCACUUCAAAAACGCCAAAGCUAUUUAAAAUUGUCGUUGCAAAAGGUAGACCUGCCCCUGAAGUUAAAAUGAAUUGAAAUGAGACAUUUUUAAAUGUUUUAAUUUUUACGCGCCUCUCAUGUGUUUCCGUGCUUUAUCCUCGGCCACGGAGAAAACUUCAGACUUGUCCGACAGUUAAAGGAACGCAGCGGCAGCAUUGAUCUGUUCAUCGGCCCACAGUAGGGUCGGGACCAAUAAAAACACACCUUCACCAAUGGCAGGAACGAUAUUCGGUACUCAUUUUCCUGAAGCAGUUUUUGUGCCAAAACAAAGUGAAAAUUUGUCUUAGACUAAAGACGGUGAAUCCUAAGAUGCUUAAUGGCUUAUAAAACGAUGACAGGGGAUGGUGGACACAGAGAGUGAGUCAUGUUUGAGUGAGCCCGUCAGUUUGAAAUGCUUCAUCUCAGCCAAGGUGAUUAACACUCUCAAUACUCAAUCAUUUUGGUGUUGCUUUGGCCUCCUUUUCCAGCUCUCUGUAAUCCCAACACUGUAUGUUAAAGCAGUGAUAUCAUGGUGCUAUGAUGGCGAGGUGUCAGGAGAGUGAGUGGAGUUCUUAUGUACAUGUCUGAAUUGCAGCGCAUAUACACUAACAGACACAUAUUUCUACAUGCAAUACAAUGCACAACGGCUAACACCUACACCAGUCAGCCAUAACAUUAGGACUGAACAUGAUGGUGAAUCUAGGGCAGAUCCUCUCACUCUUGAAUGUUGAGAUGUUCUCCAUCAUCAUCUUCAGUUGUCCAGACAUCAGGGUGAUCCGGAGGCCAAGGUAUAACCUCUCUGUUAGGUUUCCAUAAAACAUUUUUGAAGAAUCUUUAAAGAGACUAAAGGAGCAGUCCUGAGACAGAAACCAGCCCAUACGUGUCAUUCUUCUUGUGAUCACAACAGUGUUUAAGUAGGUGAUUCAUGGCAACAUGUGGUAACGUCUGAGGUUUCCCAUCAGAAUUUUGUCUGGAGCAUCAGACUGGGCAGUUGCCUUGCUUUCUCCCCUGCUGGUGGCAUGUCUUCCUGAGGUAAGCACCACCCACUGACCCCACCCGCCAUCCAUGGAAUGGAAAUCCAGACCUAGCUGAUCAGAACCAACAGGCUUCUUCCAUUCCACGCUUUUGGUGAUGAGCACAGUGGAGCACGACAAAGCUGACUGGACUGAGCCAGAACAGUGCUGUGCCACACUGGGUGUUCUGGUACCUUCCUACCAGAAUCAGCUGCAACUCUCUCAGUCCUUUUAGCUGCAGCUGUAGGAACCAGGGCAGAUUUCUGGAGCCUUUGUGUUUUGGCUGCAAAUGACCAGGGAGGAACUGUUCCCCAGAAAACACCAUGAAUUCUUUAAUGUUUGUUUUCUGAAUGAAAACUAAAAACAAUCCUGGUUGUUCUUUAACAAAUUUAGAAGAAGUUCAUCUCCAGAGCAUAUCUCCUUUUCUAUGGACUUUGUGACUUUAAAUAAGUUCUAAACUCUGCGACAAAACCAUCAGGUCUAGUUUUCUUGUUGAAAGUCACAGCUGUUAUUUUGGGGACCGAACCGUUCCUCUCUCCGUCAGCAGCUGAAAAAGACAGCAGUCAAUCCUGCUGCAGUGGAGAUGUUGACGCCAUCUGGAGACAGCAGGGCCUCAGUUGGACUCCUCAGUUGAAAACUUCAAAAGAUGACUGAGGUAAAUGACAAUUGCUCUAGAUCUCGUUGUCAAGAUCUUUAAACUGGGAAAACACAGCUCAUCUUCCGCUCCCACUAUCCACCUGUUAACCUCUUGCUCUGUCUUAGACCACUGUUUUUGGCCAAGAACAUCCUACAUGCCUCCUUGCUGGGAUGUCCCAACAUCAAAUCUGUAGUCCUUUCCAUCAUUGCUGCUUUUAAUUCAGCAGUUCAAAGAGGAUGUUUCACUUGCUUCCUUAUCCCAUGACCAGGACAUCAGAGUUUCUCUCCCACAUGUCAGUAACCAUAAUGUUAUGGCUGCUUGGAUGACAUCCCCACACAACACACAGGUCUGACCCUGCCACUAUGCCAGCUGCUGGGAUUUGAAAGCCGAAUGAAUGUUAACUCGUCCAAAACAAAUAUAUCCUCAGCAUAUUGUAGUGACGAAGCUGGUGUGAUUGUGAAAACACGGCUCUCUUUCCUUUCGUUCAUUUUAGUCAGCAUGUUGUGUUUUUGUGCUUGUUCGAAGAUGACUAAGAUUUUGUUCUCGUGGCGAGAGUUUCAUUUAUCUGUCUGGCUUCUGCCGAUCUUCACGCGCCACCUGGAAGCAGCUUUUGGGACUGUUGUUGUUUUUUCUCUCAUUUCUGUGAAGUGAUGCCUUUUUCUCAAAGCAAUAGACUUGCUACAGUGUUAGAAAGACCCGGACCUCACACAAACCUACACACACCACGCAAACUGUACAGGUUCAACCUAAAUGCACAGACAAUCAUAGGGGGGAGGAUGCAAAGGUGGCCAAACUCAGGUAGCCCAUCCCGUAGUGAGGGGUCAGGUCAUGCUGAGCCAGGGGGGGUUGGGAAAGCAGCAGUGACCACGUUUCAGUGCACCCGCCGUUCCCUCAGCGUGUGGUCUUACUAUCACUAUAAGAAUCUUUAUUUCAAAGUCCUCACAAUGUCGUCAUAGGGUGAGUGUCCAUUUUUUGAUUGCUUUGACACCAAUUAUCUAGAAUUAUAUGAUGGCCCUCUUCAACCAAAAAACGUCCAGCAACUGAACUCAGGGAACUAAAUAAGGCCCCAGGUCUCUUCCUACUGCGUUUAUAUUUGGUCCAAAUUUUAUAAAUGUGACAGACAGCUGCAGCAUCUUCUACUGAUGCAUUACCAGUUCUAAAGUAGAUUUAAAAUGGUCUUUAGAUUUAUAAAAGCUUAAAUCAGAUCUUGGAGUGACGCCACAACCCAGUUGAGACAGUUCCGGGUGUAGGAGACAUAAUACGGUAGCGUAGCAUUUGGUGCUAACAGCUACACAAACCAAUAGAGUAGCUGUUUCCGUUUUAAUGUGCUCAAACACUGAAGGACAUGUUCUCUGAUAGAUAUUUUAAACCACUGUGUGACUCUGGUUUAAUCCACAUUAAACUGUUAGAAGAGCUAAUAAUUAAUUCAAACCUGUAGCUUUCUUUACAUUCUGUUUGCACGGCGGCCAUAUUGAAAAACCAAUCACUGGGUUAUUUGGUGAACUUUAUCUUUCCCUGUCAGAGUUCUGACGUCAGGGGUGAGGAGGCAUUCUUCUUUUUCGGACUGGAAAGUCGGAAAAUCUGAUUUCCGGAUACAGAUCGCAUCAUGAGUUUAUGAAAUGUGCUUUAAACUUUGUGUAGAAUAAAUACGUUUCAACAAAUGACCCCAGUUCUAAGCCAAAGUAUGACUUUAGUAACCAGCAGCACGUGUUCUAUGAGUUAAAGGGACAAAAAAAAAACGAUGAGACUUAAACAUUUUCAUAGUUCCAUGGAAAGAUUUCCCCUACUGUUAGAGAUCUCUGUGUUUUACCAGUCUGUGGUUCUGUCUGUCCAUUGUGAUGGGAGCAGAAUAUGCACUUUUCUUCCAUAGACAUCCAUCAAUGCAUGAAUAAAUGAGAACGAUCUGGUCCUUGUCAGGUAUUAGCAUAUGCCACCACAGUCAAACAGUAUCACUCAGUCACUGUAACAGACAAGCAUUGUGUGUAAAACUAAGUUUGGUCUACACACAUGAGCAGCAGGCGGGUGCUGCUACUCUAAUGCCCAUCAGUAACUGGGAACAUUUAAGAAAGCAGGACUUUUCUCAUUUGGGUUACUCAGGAGCUUUCAAGUGUGUGUUAGCACAAUGUCAAGGAACAGACAUCAGCAGUGACCCUAGAGCUGUUGUCGUGCAUCUAAACCUUCUCCUCCUAAAUGUUUAGGAAGUCAUCUCCCAACUAAAAUCAUUCAAGAGAAAGAAAGAAUUGUCUUAAAUGAACAUGUAAGUUGAAACCAUUUAAAGCAGUGUUCAGUAUCAGCAGCAGUGAAGGUUUCAGCAAAUCCAUCUUGAGUUCUCCUUUACUGUUGUUGGACGAAUGAAGAACUAAAGCGGAACAUCUCAGACUCUACAGUUUAUAGCAUGUUCAGUCUUAAAGCUCGUCGCAUUACAAUUAUAAAAACACUUAACAUGUAAGACUUAGUUAGAAGAGUUCUCAGCAGAAAUGUUUUUUGGGGGGAAAUGAAUCAAGAUUUUGUAAGGGUCUAGUCAGAGUCUAGACCACAAUCCAAGUUAAAGUGUAGCAUAAUCUUACAUUAGCUGUGAAAAAAUAUAAAAACUUCUUCAGUUCUCAAUAUUUCAUCCAUCCACAGCAGUAUUAGCCCUUUUAACCAAAGAUUAUGUGAUGGGCUGUACAAAAGAUUGCUAACGUUACCGCUGGUUCUGGUGACUCUCUGAGCUACUGGUGGUGUGUUCAGUUAAUACUCAGAAAUUGGAAUUUCUGGAUUCGUAGUUUGAAAAAUCCAAUAGAAUGUGCUCUAAAGUCUGAUUUGGAAGGUUGGAGGCUCCUGAGUAUAGUUUCCGUAUGGCUGACGUUCACAUAAAACAUGAAAUUCACAGGAAUAAACUGUCAUUUGACAAAACGUUCCUUCAGUGUUUAAAUGCAUAGAAAGAGAGGAAAUACAAGCUUGUAUUCUAGUAGUAUUUAGCUUUGUUAUUGGUUUCCUGAAUAGAACCUGGAAUACGUCCAGCUCAGGUUUAGUAUCAUUCCCAGAUCUAACUUCAAGGAUGGGCGCAUAAAUUAUGGGGUGGAACAAUGUUUCUGGAUUUUUGUUCAGCUCCCAAACUGUUUUUAGCCCAGUUAAUUUUAGUAAAGAUGAUUCUGAUUAAUUUAAGCUGGGUCCAUGUUCGUUCUUUUUGUCUUGUUUAAAAUUUCUAUUUGGAACAGUCAAUGGGUCAGUUAGCAACAAAUUUAAUUAAUCAAUUUAAAUUGAUCAUUUCCAUUAUCUGACUCUUGCUCUGCCUUCUUGUCCUAAUAAGGCCAGUAAAGACGAAUACAGCUAAAGGCCAAGAUAAGUGUUUCAAAACAAAGAGUUAGAACUGUGACUACAGAGCUCCAGAGAGUCAGUUAAACCAAAACUGACAUUGACAUCAAAUGCAAACUCAAAGCUACCAUAAAUCUUGAGUUAUUUUCCUUUUCAGCGCACGUUCUUGGUUGUUGGUGCACAUAAAUGUUGUCGCUGCUGACUGCCUAUUGAGAAGCUGAACUGGUACCUGUUCACUGUUCUCUCUCCCACAACUUGUUCCUCUAAGGUUACUCGGUUACAGACCAAUAACAAGACUUGCACCAUAAAAAGCUUUUUUUACAGUACAAAGGAAAUCGGAUGUAUAUUUUCAGAAUGCUGAUUUUUUUUUUAAACAGAUGAUAGCAUAAAAGAAACAUGGCAUUGUUUUGUGUAGUAUUAGCAAAGUAACUGCUCUCAUUCAACAUCUAAUCCAAGAUCUCGGCAAAUAAACUGAGCAAAGCAGCUAAACCCAUAAAAUGUUAGCACGGCGUUAGUUGUUCAGUAAGUUCCGUAUUUCAGCCCUGUAGCUGGACUUCACUGUCAGUACAAAGCGAAGCAGCUAUACACGUCUUAGGAGCAACCUCUGGAUCCAGCAGCAGGUCACCCACUGUCAGCACAGACUUCCCUCCUUAGAUUUGAGUGUUGUUGCUUGUAUGACCCGUUCUGCACUGACCUGUUCUACGCAGACUGGUUCCACACACAGAGGGUGUGAAUGAACGGCUUUUACUGGAACUGACUUCUGGUAAUCCGCUGUCCAGUGGUAUCACAUGAACAGACACCUUUUGUAGAAGGUUUUUAAAUGCACACAAUGGAUGAUGAUUGCAACUAAUGUGAAUUGGCUCUUGAGAAUAAACGUGUUUAAGAA